AUGGGUCGUCGUCCUGCUAAGUGCUACCGUUUCCAAAACAAGAAGCCGUUUAUUAAGUCGCGCUUCUGCCGUGGUGUUCCUGACCCGAAGAUUCGCAUCUACGAUGUGGGUAACAAGAAGGCCUCGGUGGACGCCUUUCCAUACGUAGCUCACCUUGUGUCCGACGAAAAGGAGCAGUUGUCAUCAGAAGCCCUCGAGGCUGCUCGUAUUGCUGCCAAUCGAUACUUAACCAAGUUUUGCGGCAAGGACAACUUUCAUAUGCGUAUUCGCUGUCACCCAUUCCAGGUCUUGCGUAUCAACAAAAUGCUUUCGUGUGCUGGUGCUGAUAGGCUGCAGACUGGUAUGCGUCACGCCUACGGUAAGCCUGCUGGUGUGGCUGCUCGCGUGGCAAUUGGUCAGCCAAUUAUCUCGGUUCGAUCUAAAGAUUCAUUUGGCCCCUCUGUUGUGGAGGCGUUGCGUCGUGCCAAGUUCAAAUUUCCAGGUCGUCAGAAAGUAUUGGGCUCGAAAAAGUGGGGCUUUACGAAAUACGAACGUGAAGUGUAUGCUGAAAUGCGUGCUAGCGGCUUGCUUAGCGUUGAUGGUAACCAUGAAAAGUAUUGUCCUAAUCAUGGUCCACUCAAGGUGUAA